CACCGGAGGGAAACACCGCUCAAAGCCGCAAAACGUUUGUGUUUAUGCAUCACACGUUUUAUUUUAACAGCAGACUAUUGUAUCAUCAAACAGGGCUGUUGACGGAGUUUUAAACGAGGAUAUGGCUGUAAACGUGUACUCAACCUCAGUGACCAGUGACAAUCUGAGUCGUCAUGAUAUGCUGGCAUGGAUCAAUGAGUCUCUACAGCUCAACCUGACCAAGAUUGAGCUGCUGUGUUCAGGUGCGGCAUACUGUCAGUUUAUGGAUAUGUUGUUCCCUGGGUGUGUGCCUCUGAAGAAAGUCAAAUUUACAGCCAAGUUGGAGCACGAAUACCUUCACAAUUUUAAGAUUUUACAAGCCGCCUUCAAGAAAGUGGGUGUUGACAAAAUCAUUCCCAUUGAUAAGCUGAUUAAAGGGAAGUUCCAGGACAACUUUGAGUUUGUGCAGUGGUUUAAGAAGUUCUUUGAUGCCAACUACGAUGGGAGAGAAUACGACCCUGUCGAGGCACGCCAAGGUCAAGACACCAUGGCAGCCCCCAGCCCUGCCAUGUCUGCUAUGAACAAACCCAAGAAGAUCAUGAACGCAGCACCACAGCGAGCAGCUGUUGCUAAGGUAGCACCCAAGAUGGCACCUGGGUCGGCACGGAGACCAGGUGCUGGAGAUGAGGAAAGGGCAGAGCUGAUCCAAGAGCUGAAUAUAUUGAAAUCCACGAUCCAGGAUAUGGAGAAGGAGAGGGACUUUUAUUUUGGAAAAUUGCGUAACAUCGAACUUAUCUGCCAAGAGAAGGAAGGAGAGGGUGACCCAACACUCCAGAAGAUUGUGGAUAUUCUCUAUGCCACAGAUGAGGGUUUUGUCAUACCUGAUGCAGAAUCAGAAGACCAGGAGGAGUUUUAAAGCUCAUGACUGGAUGCAGUUUCAGUACCUUCUCAAUCUCACCUACCCACUCACAGCCGUCUCAAGACGGUCGUCUUUUACCCCUUCCCUCUCUUCCCAAAAUGCCUAGGUCAUGUUGUCCAUUUGGACAUUGUCUCCAAAUGAACUCUGUGUUAUAAAUGUGCUUUUGUAGGCAUAAUCAAAGUUUGAAAAAAAAGCAUGAAGUACCUCCUCCAUUGCCCCCUCUAACCUCACAAGGAAAGGGGACAAGAUGUCUGCCAAGACAGUCCUGCUGGAUACAGAGGAGUUCUUUUUUUUUUUUUUCCCCUGCUCUAGAUUUUCCGGAACUGAAACACUUAUUGUCACCUGCAAAAUCUGUCUGAGCUUGUUUGACUGUUCCUUUAAAUGUAACUCAAUUAACUGAUUGUUUAACUUUUUGUUCUUCACAUAGUAGUUGUUUUUUUUUUGGUUUUUUUUCCCACCGAAAUAGGAAAUAUUCACCAUCUGAUGUUUCACAUAUUAAUACACAACAUUAGGCGUUUUAACUUUGCUUAAUCACAUGUCCUUUUCAAAAAAACACACAUUAAAUAUACCCCAUCCCCAGGCAACAUGUGGUCAGAUGAACUGUUAGUCUUUAGUAAAUGUGAGAGGUGUUCAGUAUAGUCAUCUUAAAUAUCAGAUAUGUAGUGUUUGAAAUGGGGUAUGUAGGAGUAGAGGAUGAGGUGGAGUACAUACAUUGUCUAUUGUCUGUUAUACGCUUUUUGUGUUUUUUGUCUUAUGGAUGUCAAGAGAUGUUGUCUUUGUGCCAGCUAAAACAAAACCAGUCUUUGCAGAGAAUGGACCAGAUCUGUUGAUCAGUUCUCGAACCCAGUUACAAUUCUGUUAUAUGGUCUCGACAUUCUGCAGUUUAUGUGGAGAAGUUUAAGCUUCUUCUUGGCCUCUGCAUCAUAACUGUUUUUUUGUUUGUUUUUUUUGUUGGUUUUUUUUUUUUUGGUUAUUUGUGUUCACUCUUUUUAAAAUACUAGUCGUAUUUUUAAGAAGUGAUCUUAAAUCUGAGGCCAACACAUUAUUGGAUAUGAGGCCAAAACAUUUCUGAAUAGGACAGACGCUGCCCUCUAAGAAGAGACCUUUCUAGUUUUUAUAGUUUUCAGCUGCCUUUUAUUUAAUGCAUCUUUUCAAUUUUUUUUCGCUGACCUGCCUUGUGUUGUAAUAUUCUCAGUUCCAUUUUGGCCAAUGUUUGUACAAAUUAAAG